AUGGGUAAAGAAAUUGUUCAACAAGAAUCGUCCAAAGAAGCUGGCAAGCGUAGUAGAUUGUGGUCUCUUGAAGAUGUUCGCUAUGUAUUAGAAGAAAAUACGGGAACAAACACAAUUGAAGCGAUUUUGUUAGAUUUUCCAGAAGACAAUGAUGACAUGAUAUGCUUGCAUUCUGAGGCAUUUAUGAAGAUGAGGAAUCUUCGAUUUUUUAUAUCACAAUGGAAUGUACAUUUUUCUGCAGGACCGAAUUAUCUCUCAAAUAAAUUAAGAGUGCUUGAGUGGCCUAACUAUCCUUCCUCAUUUUUGCCUUCUAAUUUUCAUGGAAAUAAUCUCGUUGAAUUUCAAAUGCCUAAUAGCCUCAUCAAGGAGUUAGGCGGCCUAAAAUCCAAGAACUUGACAUUUAUGGAUUUAAGUUAUUGUCAAUUCUUAACAAAAAUUCCUGAUCUUUCAAGUAGCCCAAAUUUAGAGAUCUUGGAUCUUGAAGGUUGUGAGAACUUAGUUGAGGUUCAUGAUUCCGUUGGAUUCCUUGAUAAGCUUUCGAGUUUUCUUGUAAGUGGAUGCUGCAAGCUUAGGAUUUUGCCGAAAAGAUUCAAGUUGAGAUCUCUACGUUCAUUUGAUCUUCAAGAGUGUUCGAGUCUCGAAAACUUUCCAGAGAUUGAGUAUGAAAUGGAAUUUUUACAUGUGUUGAAUCUUCGUGACUCUAGCAUAAAAGAACUACCUUCAUCAAUUGAGAACCUCAAAGGACUUAAAAUGUUACAUCUACAACGCUCUAGUCUAAAAGAACUACCUUCAUCAAUUGAGAAUCUCGAAGGACUUAAAAUGUUAUAUCUACAACGCUCUAGUCUAAAAGAACUACCUUCAUCAAUUGAGAACCUCAAAGGACUUAAAUUGUUAUAUCUAGAACGCUCUAGUCUAAAAGAACUACCUUCAUCAAUUCUUACUCGGCUUAAUGAAUUAAAGGUAGUCGGCUGCAUUGAUCAGUUGCAAAGUCUACCGCGUUUUGUCAAAGUCGAAGGUUAUUCACAAGUACCAAUACACAUUAGACAGGUGGAAGAGGAUGGUACACACUCCACGCCAUCUGUUGUGUCUACAGGCGAAGAAUGUGAAAUUGCAGAAUUGACUCCGACAAAUUCAAUCAUUUUUAAUGAUGCAGGUUCCUCCUCAAGCACGAUGAUUUGGAAAUCGCUACUAGAUUUAACUCUUCGAUCCUGUUGCCUGUCAGAAUCAAAUUUCUUCACAAAUGGCAACAAUUACUUUCCCGAUUUGAAAUGGUUAAAUCUAAGUGGGAGUGAUAUUGUUAUCUUUCCACCUCAAAGCGUUAGAUUUCCUAGGUUGGGUGGCCUUUGUUUGAACAAUUGCAAGAAACUUGAAGAAAUUUUACCUCUUCCAUCAAGUAUAGCAAGUGUUAAUGCUCGUGAAUGCACGUCAUUGCAAAGUUUUGCACUACCGUCUGAAAUACUUGCUAGAAAAAACAAUGGAAAGAAUUUUCCUAACCACCUAAGGAUUGACUUGUACGGAUGCCACAAACUGAUUCCUUCAUGGGAAGAUCAGAUACAUUCUAAGGAACAAAAUUGGGCACACCACUUCAAAUAUAUUUCCAUUAUAUUUCCAGGAAAGAGGAUUCCAAGCUGGUUCAUCUAUCGCAAGGAGGCCCAUGAUGGUAAUCUGUGUGAAAUAGAUGUUGAUCUACCACAUCAUUGGAAUCACGUAGUUUUCUAUGUUGUUUUUGGACCUAGAGUUGGGAUCACUAACUCAAUAGGGAAGAUUGGUUCUAUUACUGUCAAAAUCCAUGAUGGCUCGAAUUCGGAGUACGUAUAUUAUUGUCAAGAAUUUAUCAGAUUUUCUUCAAUUGUCUCAGACCAUGUAUUGAUGAGCCAGAAGAGUUACAACAGACCUAAUAAACAAGCCGAUUCAAGGUUUCGAUUUGAAUGUAAGUCACAGCUCCUGGUCAUUAGAAGGGUUGGGAUCCAUUUCCCAAGGCUUGGUUCCGAAUUUGUUUAUUCAAAUAGUGAUGAAAAAGGUGACAGUUCGCUAGAUUUAGUGUAUGAAAAAAGGCAUUCCUCAAUUUUAGAUUUGGAGAAUGACAACGAGAAUCCAAAUGAAGAUUUGGGAUUAGAGAAUGAUGAUAAGAAUCUGAAUAAAAGAUUUGGUAAGAGGCGUCGUCAUGAUGAAUAUGAUUGCAACCUCGAAUUCAAUUCGUACCCUCAACAAAAGAGGCAGCAUUCCUCAACCAUGGGCAUCAGAACAACGGGAUUAGAGAAUAAUGAUGAGCAUCCAAAGCAAGAUUUGGAUUUAGAGCUUAAACUUGGGUUGUAA